AUGGAAGAGUGCUAUCUUUACAGACUCCCCAACGAGUUGCUCUUACAUCUCCUCACUCCUAUGCCGACACCUGAACUCUUAAAGUUGACCACAAUAUCGCACCGUAUAUACACGCUGAUCCUACGCAUCUUGCACAACCGGCUUGUUGCAGCUGCCGAAUUGCACUCGCACUCUGUGCUACUCGAAUGUUUCCACCCCUCCGCCAAACUCACCGAGCCGCCAUAUUUUUGUACAUACAGAUGCACCGACGGCUUGACACAAUACGAUGAGUCGAAUUCGAGCACAAAAGAGGUUGGUAGACUAGGCGAUAUGUAUAACAUGUACUCUCGCUUCCGUCCACAUAGGCGCGAUCUUGAAGCGGGCGGGCGGCGAGUGAAGCCAAGACCUGGAGACGUACCUGGUAGUCGCACCUUUCCAGGGGCAGUGCAGGAGAAGUACCAAGGUGAAACGGUCAAGCAGACGCUGGGAUUGGAGGCGCAUGAAUUGUUCACGCAGCUGGUCGCGCAGACCAACCUUGUGAAGAUUGGAUCUCAUAAUCUCUUUACCAAUUUCGUUGACAUUGAGGAAGGCGUACUUCGAGUGUGGAGAGAGUGGCUACGCGACAUCGCGGCGAAAGGAUCGACGACUAACACAGAAGUACCAAUUGAGAUUGUUGAGGAAAUAGGUAAGGGGAAAGAGGUCGUAAGAGAAGUAGAAGAAGAGAAGGCGGACUUGGAAGAUCCGCGCAUUCUGUGGGUUAGUCCCAGGAAGGACAGCGGUAUACGUUUCAAUGUGAGGGAGAGGAAACUUCGAAGGGACGCACCGAUCCUUAUCAGCACCGAUGAGGAUAUGCCAGUUACUUACGAUAUCGAGCUUGACGAACUGCUCAUAAGAACGUCGCAUCUCCUUUUGAUGCUCGAGAAGUCUAUGCUGCAGGAGGACAAUUCAUCUGGCAAAGCAGUCGUCUUCGGAUCUUUCGGAUAG